AUGGCGUCCGAAGAGAUCGUCUGGCAGGUCAUCAACCAACAAUUCUGCUCGUAUAAACUCAAGACCACAAAGCAGUCCAACUUCUGCCGAAACGAGUACAAUGUCACUGGUCUCUGUAAUCGACAAUCGUGUCCUUUGGCGAACUUCAAGUAUGCGACGGUGAGAGCAGAUCCGGCAACGGGAAGGCUCUACCUGUAUAUGAAGACCAUCGAACGAUUCCACCAACCGUCGAAGUUAUGGGAACGAUAUCGCCUGAAUUCGAACUACGCGAAAGCUCUGCAACAAAUAUCAGAGAGACUAGAGUAUUGGCCCAAAUUUUUACAGCACAAGUGCAAGCAGCGGUUGACAAGACUCACGCAAGUUGCCAUCCGAAUGCGAAGACUAGCAGCAGAGGAAGACAGGCUGGGUGAGAAGCUCGUCCCCAAGCUGGCACCCAAGAUCCGAAGACGAGAGGAGGCACGAGAGCGCAAAGCAGAGGCAGCAGCGAAACUGGAAAGAACAAUUGAACGCGAGCUCAUCGAGCGACUCAGGCAAGGCGCCUAUGGUGAUCAGCCGCUAAACGUCUCUGAAACCAUCUGGCAGAAGGUCCUCACUGCCAUGGAAAAGGAAGGCCAAGGCAUCCGAGAUAAGGACCACGACAAGGGCAUCGAGGAGGAUGACGAAGAGGAGCUUGAGGAAGAGUAUGAGGAAGAAGACGAGGACGAGCUUGACGGCAACGUGGAGUAUGUCAGCGACGUUGAAGAGAGUGAUGAGGAGCUUGGAGACAUUGAGGACUGGCUCGGAAGUGAUGAGGAUGAUGACGAGGACGAGGACGACGAAGAGGAAGACAGCGAUGAUGCCGCUCUCAAGAAGAAGGGCAAGGCUGCUGUGGGUGACAAGCGGAAGAGGGGCCGUGUUGUCCGCAUGAAAGCCAGGAAGAGGAGAGAGCGUGAGGUGGAGGAAGAGUCUGAGAGACACAAAUUGCUUGCGUUCUAG